AUGGAUCAUGACUUUGGGGGACAGUGGGGCCAAGAAGGGAGCACUGGAAGGUAUAGAGAGCACGUGCAACGCUUACGUGCAGCUGCUGAGCUACUAAUUCUCACUCAAAUUGAGCAUAUCAACUUACUGGAAGUAUGUGAGAAUGAAAUAGCGAGCAAAGACAUUGAUAGAGACUUCGUUUACAUGCCGGCUACGACGCACAGUAUCCAAAUUGGUAAUGCCAAUGGCAGUAUUGCUCUUUUUGAGACUCUUGACAUGGCCAACUUUACCAUGCCGCGGUCAAUCACACGUUUGGAGUCGCCUUCCGACUGCUGCCUUACUUCAGUCGCGAAAAAGAAGCCGAUCAAGCUGCUGAAUUGGAAUAGCAAAAACAAAAGAAAGCCAUUGAGGCAUCACAUCGCGUCGCUGAUAGCUGGCAAUUAUCGGGCGCAGAAGUCUUGGGACAAAUACAAAGUGCCGCUUCGCGGCUUCCCUGUAUAG